CAGCGCGCAAGUCUCACAGCAACCACAGCAGAGCACAGCAGCAAUGGGCGGCGGCAACGGCCAGAAGUCGGCGGCUAAGCGCGACCGCAACAACGCCAAGAAGAUGAAGGAGGCGAAGCACAAGAACCACGCCGAGUCCAAGGCCAAGAUGGAGGCGGACCGCACCGGGCUCAAGUGCAAGAUCUGCAUGACCACGUUCCUCAUCACGGCCAGCAAGACGCAGCUGAACGACCACUUUGAGAGCAAGCACGCGGCCAAGGGCUUCACCCUUGAGCAGUGCUUCCCCGGCCACGCCUAACUGUCAAGCAACGCCAAGUGGGGGCAAUAGACAAAAGUGCGUGUAUGUGUGU